GCAGGAGCAGCAGGAGCAGCAGGAGCAGCAGGAGCAGCAGGAGCAGUGGGGGACCAAGGAGCCGCCACAGCUGGACAGCGACGACAGGGAUGAAGAAGAGCAUGGCCGACACAGCCCCGGCCGGGGCCCGGACGCCGCCCCUUCCAGCUGCUUCCGCUGCUGUGACCCACCCGCCAUGUACCAGGCCAUCCCGGCACCCCAGAUCAACAUCACAAUCCUGAAAGGGGAGAAGGGUGACCGCGGAGACAGGGGCCUCCAGGGGAAGUACGGGAAGACGGGCUCUGUGGGCGCCAGGGGCCACAUUGGGCCGAAGGGGCAGAAAGGCUCCGUGGGCGCCCCCGGGGACCGCUGCAAGAGCCACUAUGCCGCCUUCUCCGUGGGCCGCAAGAAGCCGCUGCACAGCAAUGACUACUAUCAAACAGUGAUCUUCGACACAGAGUUCGUGAACCUGUAUGGCCACUUCAACAUGUUUACGGGCAAGUUCUACUGCUAUGUGCCUGGCGUCUACUUCUUCAGCCUGAACGUGCACACCUGGAACCAGAAGGAGACGUACCUGCACAUCAUGAAGAACGACGUGGAGGCCGUGAUCCUGUACGCGCAGGUCAGUGACCGCAGCAUCAUGCAGAGCCAGAGCCUCAUGCUGGAGCUGCGGGAGCAGGACGAGGUGUGGGUGCGCCUCUUCAAGGGCGAGCGCGAGAACGCCAUCUUCAGCGACGAGUUCGACACCUACAUCACCUUCAGCGGCUACCUGGUCAAACCGGCUGCGGAGCCCUAGCCGGCACCGCCCUGACUCCCUUCCCCUCCUCCCUGCUGGCUCCCUCGCCUCGCCU